AUUAUCUUCUUCUUCCUGUCUCUAGACGCUAGUGAUUAAUACUGACAAUGACAAGAUCCAAAACACAGAAGAACGGUGCAACGACCAUAACCUGUUUGUUGAAUCACAAUUUUAUUAUUAUUCGAAUUUGGAAUAUUUGGAUAAAAUGUUAAGAAACACCUCUAAACUAUUGCAAAUCUCGAAUGGAUUACAGAAUAUUCUCAAAGUUCAACUCUGUGGAAGGACCCCUACACCUACAGAAAAUUGGGAUUUACUUACAGCUGUGUGUAUUGAAAGACGACCCAUAAUCACUCCGGAAUUGAACAAAUUGGAAAAGGAAUACAAACAACUUUUGGAUGAAUUAGAACUAGAAAGAAGUUUGAAAUCUGAUACUGAACUUCGCCAUGAAGCAGACAUGAAGAAUUUGGAGCUGUUGAGAAAGGGUGAAGACAUAGCUGAUAAAGAUACAAUUUCAAAGCAAACACUUCAAGAUUUGGUUGAUUUAUGGAAUGAUGAGGCAUCAAAGUUCAAACCUGCAAAUAAAAUCACAGAGGCUGAUAAAAAGAAUGAUUUGAAGUCAUUGAAUAGGAAAUUGGAUAAGCAUUUGGUGUUUGUGUUGAACCAGAAAGUUGGAGACAAAAACUUCUAUAUUCUUCCACAAGGUGCUAGAGAAGAUGGAGAAACCCUGAGACAGACAGCUGAUCGAGUUUUAAGGCAAAAUGUAGGAACUGAUGUUAAAGUACAAAUUUAUGGAAAUGCACCUUGUGGUUUUUAUAAGUAUAAAUAUCCUGGAGAUAUAAAGAAUGAGACAGGGACUGUGGGAGCCAAGGUUUUCAUAUAUUUUGCGAGAUAUUUGGGUGGGCAGUUGACACAGACAAAUUUGGAUUACAAAUGGUUGGACAGAACUGAAUUGCAGAAAACACUCCCACCUCAAUAUAAUACAAGUGUUAAGCAAUUUUUGUUUGAUGGCUAGAUAUACAGAUCAUUAUUUAUUGUACA